AUGGAUGACGCAGCUGCGAAACACUGGUAUGUCCAAGUUGAAAACUCCGAAAAGGAGAGCUUCAUCCAGAAAGCAGCGGAGGUCGCUUUGAUUUGUGUCGCAACGUUUGACGUUGGAGAAGAAUGCCUUCUUGAAUUGCUGAGCGCCGAGGAGAAUGUUGCUAUCUUUAUAGAAUGCUCCAUCAUGAUCAGGGAAAACAUCCACACGGUCGAUCCCGAGGACCAACUGCACGCUAUUUGGUUCCUUACUUGGAAACGCAUUACUUAUACAGGAAUUGAAGCUCUCCUGAACACAAUAACUACAACCAAGUGCCUCGAUACAGCGAUUGGCCAUUGCCGGAACACAGGGACGUUACAUGAUCCACAACCGUGGCUGGUAACAGAAUUCCAUUGGGUAUUUACGAAGAGGCGAAUUCCUGGUUCGACAGAGCAUAGAAGGGAUUACUUCAAUGUCCUGACUGCUGAGUUCCUAGUAAAUGGGUUACCAUCGGGCAAACUUCCCCGGGACAUUGAGGAACAUGAAGCAUACUCUACAUUUUUCGGCCAUGCACGACUUGACGUCAAUGAGUGUAGUGAGAAAGGCAUGCAGUAUCAAACUGUACACAAAAUACAUGGCCAUGACGUUUCAUUGGGUCUAUUAGCGACACCAGAGUCUUUCCAAGAAAGCCUAGGAUGCGAAGAGAAUCCUGACUUCAUCAUUGCUGCUACAGCAGAUAGUGGCUGUCAAUAUGACCUCGUUCCUGGACGGCUAUUCCAUAAAGCGCUACCUAACGAAUUUUUUGAGAAGCACGUCCAUUGGCUUUUCAGAAAAGGUAGAAAUAUGGUCAUUGAGUUUCGCCCAAAACACUUACCGUGGAAACACGAAGGCACGAAUUGGGUGCUGCAUAAAGUUGGCGACUAUUGGCAGCUGGCUGAACCAAGUGGUGGUCUUCUGGUUGAUACGGCUCGUGAAGCAUCGAAACAAGUUACGGACGCUUUUGCCUCUCUAGCGGAGCCAGAGGAUAUACACAUCGUCUAUUUUCCUCGCACUAAACACCUGGAAGUCCAUCUACCCAGGCUUCAACUAGAGUUCUACAUAGAAGAGAAAUCUUCGCGUAUCCUCUCACGGCAGUACCAGGGCAUGUGGGUUGACUCUUGUCAAGAUAUUGACACUCUCAUUGGCUUGCACCAAAAGCUAGUCUUACGUGAUGAAAGAUCCCACAGGCUUUUGCUUAUUCCCGAGGGUGAACUUAAUCUCGCCACUCCAGAGAUGAAUGAUACCCAUGUAUUCGUUACUAUUGAUGUGCCAAGUUGUGGGAAAGUAUACGCUUACGAAUUGGACACCUACCUGGGGAAACUUUGCGGGAGAGAUUUUGAGAGCAUACUUCGUCUAGCACUUCUUCAUGGAUACACUUCUGGUUGUGUGCCUGACCCUUUCACCGGAUACACAGGCACCGAGCGAGCUUUACAAAUAGUCCGCUCCGCAGAAAUUAAUUCUCCCAGAGCUGUAUCCCCAGGUAUGUUUAAGCUACUACAAAAAAUAGGCAAACUCAGCGAGCAGUGGAAAAUAUCAACCCCGAAGAAUGGACUAAAACGCCAUGGUCCAUGUGAAGAUGGCGAGUCAAUCCAGCUAGAGUAUCACGCCGGCCUGCUGGAUAAGCCAGGGAAGUUCUUUCCUAAAACUUGGUUCUCGGUAUGCACUGAGCUGAUUCAUAAUCGAAGAGAAAUCAACAAGCACAAAGCUAGCUUUUAUAUUGCUACUCUAGCGUUCUCGCCACAUGUUGUUUUGGAGUUGGUUCAUAUUCUCACCGGCGCUUUAUACUUGCCAGCUGACGUAACACCACCUAUCCCUCAAGCUAAGAAUUUUGAUCUGAGCAGAGGAAACCGGCCGAAAACCUCUGAUUUAAAAAACGCAAUUAAUACAGCGAGGAUUUCUUCACAAGCAGGAAAGAGCUUUCGAGACACUGUGCGAAAUAAAAAAACAGGGAAGGGGCAGGGAAGUAACGGCGCACAAGACAGCCCGAACAAGACGAGAGCAGAGUAUACGAAAGAAAAUACGAAACUUGCGGAAGCUUUUAUUGAACAAUGGGGCAGGAUGGAGGUUCAGUGGCCAAAAAAUCAUGAUGACCUGCAAAGGUAUUACAACAAAAACAAGGUUAUAUCCAACGUCGAGACCAUCUUCCGGCAGGCAUCCGAUAAUGCAAAAGUUGACGAACACUUCAAAAAUUGGCACGGACUUAUAUAUUCCAAGUCUCAAAAGUAUAAAAUAGAUCUAGAUGAAUCACGAAGCGAGAAAACCCCCCAACGGACAGUACACCGCGUUGACCAUCGUUACGUCUUCCAGGUUCACACACCACCCGCAAUACCAAGCAACAUCGAUAGUUUUCUGCAUGUGAAGACAUCGGGUUCCGUUCAACCAAGCUCUCGGGUUUGCUCUCUCGUACAAAGGUUACAGAAAAGCGCCUCAACUCCAUAUCAAGUCACCUAUUCUAGAAGCCUAGAUGAAAGCAGACGAGCAUUAGAAAGAGCCAAAGGAGAGCUGCUCUUGCAGGCAUCCUGGCAAGAGUUUCAGCCACAGAUACUUCGUCGCCGAAAUGAAGCGAAGAAAGAAUUUGAGGAUCAUUUACUUGGUAUCAAAAAAGCACUUCUUCGCGGUUCACUACCGCAAAACAGCUUGACGGAACUCAACACUGCGGCAAUACAACCCAACCUACCCCGAGUCUGCACUCAUUUCCUUGUUGAACAACUUGCGUCAAAUGAUCAGUUGCCGUUGCAAUGGAAACGAGAGCUUGCAAUAUUUGCUACUCGCCUAUCAAAAUGGCAGAAUUGGGAUCGACUGCUUCUUCUCCCAGGGACUGCGCAUAAAGAUGCUCUAAAACAAUUGCAUGGGCUUAAGCCUAGGACUUGGGACCCCAUGAUGCACCCUGAAUGGUUAGUAUUUGAAGUCGAGAAUAACAUUAGCAUUCGCGAUAUUCAGAUUGAGUUUGCCAACGCCAUGAUGAAUCCCCCGAAUCGCCAUAAUUCCAUUAUGCAACUUAAUAUGGGAGAAGGCAAGUCUUCGGUCAUUGUGCCUAUAAUAGCAACGUCGCUCUGCAGGAAGGGAAAUCUCGUUCGCCUUAUUGUGACCAGGUCACAAUUUGCCCAAAUGUCCCAAAUUAUGACGGCGCGACUUGGUGGCCUAUUAGGACGACGCAUCUAUCAUCUUCCCAUUUCUCGGAACAUGACUCUCACAGAGGCAUCUGUGGGCAAGCUCCACAAAAUUAUACAGGAUUGCGUGGAAAGCAAAGGCAUUCUCAUUGUUCAACCGGAGCAAAUUUUGUCUUUAAACCUCAUGAUAUCUGACUAUUCAAGCAAGUGUUCCGAGAAAGCGAGAGAAGUCCUUUACGACAUUAAACAUUUACUGGAUGAUAGUUGCCGAGACAUUGUUGACGAAAGCGAUGAUGUGUUUUCGCCCAGAUAUGAGUUGGUUUACCCUCUAGGUAAAGAGCAGCCAAUUGAUUUCGCGAGGGAGCGCUGUUCUAUCAUUUCACAGAUUCUGACCAUCGCUUGCAAAAAAGCGGAGGCAAUCGUGGAAGAGAUGCCUGGUGGGCUAGUGAUUUCGCCCGUGGGGCCUGGGAGAUAUCCCAAACUAUCUCUAGUUACUCGGGAGGCCUCGGAGCUCCUAGAGAGAAGAAUCGCAGAGGAAAUUUGUCUCACCGGCUUGAUCGGCUUUUCUAUAUCUCAAACGAGCUCAUUCUCAACUUAUAAAGAAAAAAUUCUCGAAUUUUGGACAAAUAGAGCUCUCAAAGAAACGACUAGGGAGUUUAUUGAGAAGGACUUAUGCUGGGCACCUCAGAUGACGAGUUUCUUAUACCUUAUCCGAGGUUUAAUUGCUUGUGGAGUGUUGUCUGCGGCCUUGCGAGAUCGCUUCCGUGUAAACUAUGGUCUUGAUAAGACCAGAAUGCCGAAAACGGAUCUCGCAGUGCCUUACAGAGCAAAAGAUACGCCCAGCGUAGGUUCCGAAUACAGCCAACCGGACACCGUUAUUACUAAGACAUAUCUUGCUUAUUACUACGACGGACUAAAUGACAGGGACCUGACAGAAACACUCAUGCACCUCCUUCAAUCUGACCGGUCGCAUAUCGAAUACCAAGAGUGGGUGAAGGCGGCUCCAGAUCUACCCAAGGCCUGGCAUGAUGUAAAAGGAAUCAAUCUGGAAGACACUCAGCUAUGCAAGCGAGACCUAUUCCCUCGUUUAAGGUCUCUUAGAGUUUGCAUUGACUACUACCUGUCGUACAUUGUCUUUCCGAAGCAAUUAAGAGAAUACUCGGAAAAGAUUUCAGCAUCAGGUUGGGAUAUUGGGCGCUCUAAGGAGCUGGUAACGACUGGAUUUAGCGGUACACACGAUUUGAAACCACUUUUGCCGCUGACAAUGAGACAACAAGACUUGAUAAGUCAGGCUCAUACCGAUGCUUUGGUUUUAGAGAAAAUGCUGGGAUUGCAUAAUCACACGCACUUUCUUGACCCUCCAAACAGUUCUAGAAUCUCCGAGGAUUUCUUGCAAAAGAUUACGACCCAGGAGCCAGAUAUAAGAGUCAUCAUUGACGUUGGUGCCUACCUUAUUGAUCUCACAAAUGAGCAGGUGGCGAGGACUUGGCUGGGUAUCUUACAAGGACGAAACCUGAUGAUAGAUGCUGCAAUCUACUGCGACGACAAUGGUGAUUUAACUGUGUUGGAUAGACACGGAAAGACCGAAAGUUUGCAGCUAUCGCCAUUCGCCAGGCAGAUGGAAAGGUGCGUCGUCUUCUUAGAUGAAGCUCACUCACGAGGAACAGACUUAAAGCUGCCAUCAACAUCCUGUAUGCGAAUGCGGCUUCUCGGAGAUGGGCAGUCCGUUAUAUAUUGCGUGCCGAAUGAUAUUCAGUCUCAGAUCAAAGCUUCGGCAAACCGGAGCACUAAACAGCCUCCGUCUAUUGAAGACAUCAUCUACUGGUCUAUUGAGCAGACUGCAAUAGAAACUGGCCAACUCCUGCCCAUUUGGGCGAAACAAGGAGGCCAAUAUGUACAGCAGUCCAAAACAUGGGCCCAAAUUCGCGAGUCCCCAGACAUGUCUCUAAGAAGAGCAUCAGCAAAUGCCUUCAAAGAAACCGGCAUUCGCACUAUAAAAAGCUUAUACCAGCCGCAAAAUAGCUUCAAUAUUCCCACGGACGACGAUAAUGAGAUGGCCGUUCUGAUCCACGAACGGCUCAAAGAGUUUCAACACCUGGGUGCAGUUGACAACGGGUGUUCAGAAGAGAGAGAACAACAGCGUGAAACAGAACAGGAGCAACAGCACGAACUUGAAGCCCAAGUUACGGAACAACGCCAUUUGCAUCGCUCCAGAAUAUGCUCAGUAGCUACACACGAAGUACACGCAGACGUUGAAGCAUUUGUGAAGUUUGGGACGCUCAGAGAUCACGGAGUUGGAAUUAUUGGAGCCUUCACAAGUCUAUCUGACACAACAGCUGCUUUGCAAUUUGACCUAAGAAACUUUCCGUCACAACUUAAAGUCUCUAGAGACUUUGCAAAUGUUGUCAGAGAAACCGCGGGGACCAGCCAAGAGCACUGCGACUUGUUCAAAAGACCUAUACAUCACAUUCUUACCACUGCCGGUGAAAAGGGGAUGAUCACAAAUAUGCUCAUCAUUAGCCCAUAUGAAGCCGAAUCAUUGUACAAAAUGAUAGAAAAGUCAAAAACAACCAAACUGCACAUCUACGCGGCUCGACAAAACAGCUCGUAUAUGCCUGUUGACGAUUUGGAUCUUUAUACAAUCCCUACUUCUCCGAUCAAGCGCCAGGUUCCUCUACACCUGAAAAUAGAACUCAAUCUCUUCGCUGGUCAGCUCUACUUUGCCUCCUUCAAGGAGUACACUGAUGUGUGCACCUACCUCGGCAUUGCAUGGAAUGAUACAUUCACCAACACGGACUCUGACGGGUUCAUUAUCAGAGGCAAAGGCGGUGAUGAGGUACCCGAUUGCCUCAAUUUGGCUGCAAGUCCGAUCCCGUUCCUAAAGUCGUUCAUUACAAACGUCCGGCACUAUGGUAAUAAUAUCUCAAAGACGCAUGUGGGAAAGAUGCUCAACGGCGAGUUCCUGACGGAGAGUGACUUUCCCAAGCGACAGAAGAGAAAGCGAAAUGAAGAGGCUGAGAAAGAUGGCCUCCGGUCAGUGAAGCGAGAGAAGGUGAAUGAGGAUCAGGGGAGCAUGUUCGUGAAGCAGGAAGAGGAUGUGGAAAUGGAGGGUUGA